UUCUGUAAACGACAGAUUUUCUCAUGCUGAAGAUUACCAUAACCCUAACAAACUUUUCUUAUUCAUCUCAAUGUUUUUUGUCCUUUUCAAUUAGAGUUUGGCAAGGAUUGUUUCCUUAAAACGUUUGACUUUUUUUUCCAUAAGUGGAUGAUGCUUAACAUGUAAUUAACGUGUUUGGAAAUAUUAAAAGAUGUAAUUUUAUAGUAUAAAAAGACAGAACAGAAACAGAGAGGACAGGAAACAGGUUGUGAUUCAUGAAUUCACAGCUAAUUUCCUGGUCAAAACUGAGAGGCGUUUCACAACUAACAACACACGCAAACACAGACACACAGUCAGUGAACAGUAGAGUUUGACUCUCAACACGUGAGACGAGAAACUAAUGUAUUUUAUUCUCCACUGAUAGAUGAGAGCAGUAUUAUUGGCUGUUUGAGUUUCAGAAAGUUGUUUGAGGAACUGCUGAGAGUUUCAGACUGAUUUUCUGAACUGAACUGAUGAAGAAAUGAAGUUUCCACUGACAGUUUGUGUGUUUCUGCUGACGGUGAUCAGGUCACUGUCUGUGGACAUUACAGUGAGAGGAAUGGAGGGAGAACCAGUGAUUAUUAAGUGCCCUUAUCCAGGAGGAUAUGAAAACUCUUACAAAUACUUCUACAAGGGAAUUUUCAAAAAGAAUGUCACUAUACUACAAUCUCAUGGAAAAAAGUCCCCAGUGUUCAAGGGCAGAUUCUCACUGCAGGAUGAUCGUCAGACCAGAUCAUUUACAGUGACCAUCAGUAACCUGAAGAUGGAAGAUGCUGGACCGUACGGCUGUAGAGCUGGAGCUGACCGCUACAAAGAAGUCAAUCUUGUUGUGUUCAGAGCUCCACAGAGGCCAAAACCUGUCCAGAUCUCAACAUCCACCAUUCGUCCGCAUACAAACACCAGCACUGAACACGCCAGCACUGAACACACCAGCACUGAACACACCAGCACAGCAAUGCGUUCAGACCUGUCUUCUGUUGCUGGCGGUCUGGGUUCGGUUCUGCUGGUUCUGACUCUGUGUUCUGGAACGUGCCUCAUCCUGAAAAAGAGGAAAAGGAAAUGUGGGACAGCUUUAUUUCAGCAAAAUGUGCAGCACAAUACAGAGACUGACCACAUGUACGAAGAGAUUCCAAACAGUGACGUCGCCGCGGUAACAUCUUCAUCCAAUCAGACGCCUGAAUCACACCUCAACAACCGUACAAAAGUCUUUACUGUUUACACCACAGUAACCAAUCGGCAGCCUGAUUCAAACCCCGGUCACACCCACUCGACCAAUCAGGUGACAGAUUCAGACUGUGAUUAUUAUGCUAAUAUAAAGUCACCUGACCCAACACAGGACAGCAGGACAGAACUGAUCUACGUGACAGCAACACAUCCACAAAACAUCACAACAAACAAGGGUCCGAUAUAUUCAGUGAUCAACGAUGAAUAAAAGACUGUCCACAGACAUUGUGAAUGAUGUUCCAAGUACAAAUAAAAUCUCAAAAAAACUUUUUUUAUUGAAUCAAUAUUUUUGACACAUUUUUCUUCACUGUUAUAAGUAUUUU